CGAGACCCAAAGCGAAGCAGACGUGAGAACUGGUGAGCUCUAGCACCUGUGUACAAAUUUUAUUUUCACCUUGAGGCAACGGAAGACGCAGAUGAAUCGUUAACUUCCUCAGUUGAUGGGUACAAAAUAUUAUCAAGAAAUGUUCCCAAAUUUCACGAAUUAAAUAGUUUGCCUAUUCCACCUGACAGACGGCUAGACGACGGCAAUGGUAUUGAGAAAACUCUGACAGACAAUGAUGCUAAGUAUCACCCAAGCUGUCGAAUCAAAUUUAACACCACUAAGUUAAAACGUGCAGAAGAAAAACAUCAUUCUAUGAUCGAAUUGAGGAGUGAAACUUGUGAAUCUCCAAAAUUUACGCGUCGGACAAGCAAGAAACCAUCACACGAGAAUGUUUAGACAUGUUUCCUGUGUGACAAAGAGGCACCGUUGUCAUCAUUAAGAGACCAUGAAAUUAAAUGCAAGGUUAAAGAGUUGUGCAGAGGUGCUGCAAGAUAAAAGGUUGCCAGCUAAACUUAGUGCAGGUGAUGCGAUUGCAUAAAUAUGAAAUACCAUCCUGGUUGUCUAGUUAGCUUGUAUAACCAAGAAAGAUCUUGCAAGAAAAAACAAGAAAAUAAGUCCGAUGAACAAGAAAAUGUAACUGUUACCGAAAAUAUUGCUCUGGCCGAGUUAGUAAAUUACAUUUUUGAAACUGUGCGAAACAAUGAAGAGUCAAAAGCUUUUAGACUAGCAGAUCUUGCGAAUAUGUUCGAACAGCUGGUACAACAGUUGACUGAGGAGUCAUUUUCUAUUCAUCGUACUCGCCUAAAAGAAAUGCUGUUGGCUAAGAUUCCUGAUCUACAAGCUUAUACUAAAGGAAGAGAUGUCUUUCUUCUUUUCGAAAAGGAUGUCGGUCCUGCAAUAGCAUUGGCAUGCAAUUAUGCUGCUACCCACAAUAUGGCAAGAACAGCUGAAUUCGUUAGCGCACACAUAAAGGAGCACAAGUCAAAAUUUAAUGGCACGUUUGCAGCGGAAGAUGUACCGACUAGUGUUCCUAAAUAUCUACUUGAACUAGCCAGAAUGAUUGAAAAUGGUCCUGAUAUACAGUCACAACUAGAGUAUGAUGUGCUUAGAUCAGAUGCUGUCAUUGCACAGCUCCUUAUGUAUAACUACCAUACAAAGGUGUCCAAGAAGGCUGAACAACAGCGACAUUCUGUGGAAUGUGAAACUCCAAUAUGCAUUUAUAUUGGGCUGCUCAUUUAUGCCAGAACCAGGGAGAAGCAGCUAAUUGAUACCUUGUUCCAGCAUGGUUUAUGCAUUUCGUACCAGCGAGUGCUAGAAAUAUCUACACAAAUGGGGCAGGCAAUGAUCAAUUGCUUCUUGUCAGAAGGUUUGGUAUGUCACUCUGUUUUACAAAAAGUUUUUUUCACAACCAGUGCUGUUGAUAACAUUGACCACAAUCCAAGUUCUACAACUACGAAGUUGUCAUUUCAUGGAGCUUGGAUUUCUAUUUUUCAACAUCCUUCAUCUGACUUUAAGGGAGAAGAACGGGGAAACUUGACUUUAGGGAGUAGACAAAAUACCAAACAGAUACUGUCUCUCCCAGAUGCGUUCACAAGUGUUAAACCUGCCUUUCUGAAGACGAAGCCAAAGCCUCCGGAUACCCCAGGAAUGACAAUGAGGAUACAAGAUGACAUAUAUCUCAAAAUAGCAUCAAAGAUGAAUAUGAGUGGCUUAACGUUGUUCAUUAAGCCACUCAUAUUCAACUUGAUAAUGAAAACGUCUCGUUGUCAUCAUUUCACUCUAAAAAGCAUGGUUCAUCUGUUGAGGUAAGCGUAACUUCCCUUUUACCUUUGUUCCAAGAAACAGCCCAUUCUGCUUCUGGUGCCAUGAUUAAGAGAGUGAAACAUGGUAACCCAAAUGGACAUCGAUCCCUUCUGUUGCAGCAUCUUGUCAGGAACUGUUGAAAUGUGGGUGCAAAAAAUAAAUGUGUUGGUAACUGCAAGUGCUGUCGCUCUGGGCUUUCUAGUUCAGGAAUAAUUAUGUUCAUGUAACUGUCAGGAUCGAUAAGAAACAGUACUGUGGCUAUUUUAUAUCCUAAUAAGGCAAAUUGUACUGUUGUGGAAUGAUUGCAGCCAGAAUUUACAAUUC